AUGCGCGCUCUUCGUGCUUGCAGAUCAAGGAAGGGAGGUGGUGGCAAGGGGAAGAAGGGACAGAAGAGGCAGCGAGAGCCGAGGUUCGCGUUCAUGACGAAGAGCGACAUCGAGCACCUCGACGACGGCUACCGCUGGCGCAAGUAUGGCCAGAAGCCGGUCAAGGACAGCCCUUUCCCAAGGUCAAGGAUAGCCCUUCUUCUUCUUCUUCUUCUUCUUCUUCUUCUUCUUCUUCUGCUUGAAUUGGAGGAAUUAAGCUAGCGGAUGAUGAGAGAUAUGGUACCAGUGUGGUUGGUGGUUUGACGGUGAUUCUGGUUUGCAUGGGUGCAGGAGCUACUACCGCUGCACCACCGUCAGUUGCGGGGUAAAGAAGAGGGUGGAGAGGUCGUCGGCGGACCCGACCAUCGUCGUGACCACCUACGAGGGGCAGCACAACCACUCUAGCCCCGCAGGCCACCACCACGGCGCCAGGCUCCACCACGGUAAGCCCCUCGCUGCCUUUGGAGAGUCGCCGCCAACGCCGCAGCACUACAACUCCGCCUACUCCCUCCCACUUCAGCGACUGGGUUCCCUCCAGCAGCCGUCGCCGUCGCCGCCACCGGCGCCAUAUCCUCCUUUCAAUGCCGCUGGCGGGAGGGUCCCUCGGGAAGAGCUCUUCCCUGGUUCUUCGUCCAGGGACCAGGGCCUUCUCCAGGAUCUCCUUCCGCAGAAUUUUGUUAGGAUGAGCAGGGAGAGGUGA